GCAGCGCUGGGACAGCAGACGACCCGGCGCGCUGCGGCAGCGAGGAGGGCCACAGUCCUCUCUAACGGAUGAAAGGAUGGGGGCCACCAGCAGCAGCUGAAUUCAAAAAGGCUGGAUCAGGGACUGAGACUGAGGGUGGGGGUCCGGGAGAAACGCAGCAGUUUCUGCUCACUCUUUGGUGACUUUUGCUGGAUUUCUUCUCCCCUCUCMACAACAACAACAACAACAACAACAACAACAACAACAACAACAACAACAACAACAACAUCAUGCCUUUCUCCAAACGAGCCGUGGAGCCUCAGUUACUGUGCAGGUACCAAGUCCCAAACGAGGAGGGUCUGGUUUUCGAGGACCUGGUGUCCGUCAGUAACGUGGCUCUGUCUCGGAGCCUGCGGCAGCUGUCGGACCUGGCCAGACACGCCUGCUCCAUUUUCCAGGAGCUGGAGGACGAGCUGGUGACCAGCAGCCAGCGGGUCCGGGGUGUGCAGGCUAGGGUCGCACACCUCCAGCAGACCUGCACAGAACUGGACCCCAAACAGGAGGCAGUGC